AUAAAAAAAUGAGUAGCUCUUUAGGAGAGUCAGUCGAAAAGGAUGUUUCUUUAGAAGAGUCACCUGAAAAAGAAGUUUCUUUAGAAGAGUCACCUGAAAGAGAGGUUUCUUUAGAAGAGUCACCUGAAAGAGAGGUUUCUUUAGAAGAGCCAUCUGAAAAAGAAGUUUCUUCAGAAGAGUCAUCUGAAAACGAUGUUCCU